AAGACGGAUUUCAAAGGCCCGGCGAUGAUCAGCUUAUCACCCGAGCUCUGGUUCUUUGUGCAAAAAUAUAUCCACCUGGCAAGAAGAUUGCCGAACUUCGUCUUCAAGAUGUCGGAUUCCAUUUUCAUUAAAUGGCCCACGGGGGGAAAACCUCCACAGCCACUCGACAAUUCAGGCUUAAACAAAGGUCUCGGCAGAUUGUGGAAUACAAUGUUCGGUUCAAACAAACCGAUUUCUACAACUAGGCUCAGAAAAUCCGUUGUCACCGAAGUCAGAAGGGCUGUACCCACUUCAAGGGAUGUGCUAGCUAGGCACAUGUCCCAUGAGCCUUCCACGGCCGACAGAUAUUAUCACAUGUCAGACAAAUCAAAGAUGGCGGUGCCCGUGUCCAGGCUCAUAACGGCUGUCAUGGAAGGGGAAAGUGAAGCAAUAAGAACUAUCAAACAGAUUGCACAGACGAGCUCCAUUCAAGAGAUAUAUCUUAAUGCACUUAUAUCGCAGACAGGUACUGAGGAAGGUAGUUCAAACCCUAACCCUACCCCUGAUUCUGACUCUCCAAAGAAAGAGAUUUGUUACCAAAUACCGCACAAGUUACCAAAUGCCGCAGAAAGUUACCAAAUACCCAGUUACCAAUUCCCUAGAUACCAAAUGCCGCGUUACAAAAUACCGCUCCAAGUUACCAAAUACCUCGCUCCAAAGUUACCAUUUACCUACGAGUUACCAAAUACCGAUUUCGAAUGUUACCAAAUGCCGCAACCCCAACUGACAGGAUGCUGUCAGGUUACCAAAUAG